CUCUACGCCAGCGCCUGCGAAGGCUGGCUUGAGAUGGCGGAGAAAUUGCUAUCCUUGGGCGCGAACCCUAACGGCAAUGAUUAUUCUUUCAAAAAACCGUUACAAGCGGCUUGUCGAGAGGGUCACUUGAAUGUCGUUCGCGCAUUGUUGCACCAUGGUGCCGAAACCCGCGAAGUAAUGGCCGAGGCCGCGUCCAAUGGCCAUACUGAGAUUGUCCGACUCCUUCUGCAACAUGGAGCAGAGACCGCGGGUGCCCUCUCGCUCGCCGCAAAAAGAGGCUACAUGGACAUCGUGCGACUAUUACUUCAACACGGUGUCGAUCCGAAUGGUGAG